AUGCCAUCUAUCACGCACACCUACAGGAAGGAAAAGAAAAUCCAGGCACAAGCGGCUGUUUUUGUGCAGGCGAAGCUACCACACAUCACCAUCGACACAUCCCAGUGGUGUACGGAACUCCAAGAAGUUGUGGCGCUACGCGUAGCGCUGCAAUCCACGAGCAAGAGGCUCACGGUGGCCUCGGCGUACAACAGGCCGCACACUACAAAGGACUUUUCUUGGAUCAGGCACCUACGCAAAGAAUAUUCUGAUGACUUCAUGGUCCUGGGAGGCGAUCUCAAUACACACGUAGAACACUGGGCGAUAGGCGACACGGCAAGGGGGGCCGCAGACCUGCGCGACAUCACAGAGCAGGCGGAUAUGGCCCUAAUAAACGACUUCAGCAGAGCAACGAGGUAUGCAACGGGAGCUGGGCACAGAGACUCCAUCAUCGACGUCACGAUAGCGCCUGCAAGCACCGCACGGAACUUACAGUGGUCCAUAUUAGACGACGCCUGGGGAAGCGACCAUUUCCCCAUUGUCAUGGAGCUGGAAAUCGGAGCCAAGAGCAGCCCAGGCAAAAAACAGACCAAAACGAUCAUCUGGGAUGACUUUCGGAAGAGCAUCGAAGACCAGGGAGAAGACUUUGAGUUCCAACACGUCGCAACCCUCCUGACGACAGCGGCCAGGAUAGCCGUUGACGAGCGCCAAGUGGACGAGGGCACUCCAACGCCAGAUACGCAUCUUCUCUCAUUAUGGGACAGAAGAACGGCAGCACUCACAACCUACAGAAAGAAGAAGCUGAGAAAGCAUCUCAUAAAAGUGAACAAGCUCACCAAAAAGGCAAGCCAGUACGCAAGCCAGCUUGGCUUCGACAGAUGGAUAGAAUAUUGUGAGACCUUUGAUAGACUCACAAACAUGGGAGACGUAUGGCGGACUUUCAACUCUAUGUACGGUAAAAAGAAGGGAGAAGCAUACCGGACCGUCCAGGCAAUCCGAAGAUCAGCCUUUCACGGAAUGGGAGAUGGAUGCAGCAAUCAAGCAAUGCCGAUCAAAGAGUACACCUGGACCUGA